UCUCCCGCCAUCGGCCGGUCCUGAGGCUCAAAGGUGCGCAGCUAAGGUCUCCUUGUCGCUGCGGGACUUGUCGAAUGACCGACCGGGCGCAUCUGCCCUCCGCGGAUCCGGUGCAAAGGGGCGCCUGCAGGCGGCUUUAGCCUCGAUCGAGGCCUCCAACCCGUGGCUUUGGCCUGCAAUGCGUAGGGUGCUGCUCACAGCGUGGACCUGCGCAGCGGGCAUAAUAAGAAGGACGCGCCCGACGGUUAAUGCUGGUUACCUCCGCUCUCUUCCUUCCUCUCUCACUUCGUUCUCUCUUCAAACACUUUUUCUUCACCACAAAACGCGACUGAGUUUAUUUUGCACGAUGUGCUACAACGUUAUUGAUGGACGCUACUAUACUCAGUGUGGCCAUUUCACUGCCAUGGCCUCCAAUCUGAAGGACUGCCGGAGGCCGAAUUGCCUGUUCAGCAGCCAACACAUCCACCCUGUCGGCUGUCGGUCACCUGGCUGCAUUAGGGUCAUGUCUCCUCCCGCCAAAAACCCUAUUCGCGAGAGCCCGACUCGCUGCCCGGACUGCAUGCAGCGCGACAGGAAUGGGAUCUUGGGGUGCCACUGAGGUGUGCGCCAUAUAUUCGGACUGCUCUCGCCUCGGACUUCGUUGAGCCUUGGUUGUCGGACGAGCCCUGGAAGGCCGCCCUUAUGUAUCCAUAACAUAUAUCUACUGGGACUUUUGGGAACUCUUUCUAUCCUACCGAUGUACUUACGGUUCCCACUGGCGGCUUGAUAUUAUUCGCGGCUAAUCCUAUUCACCUGCGGCUGACCCGGGACGCGGAAGCGACGGUAGGCAAUUGUGAACAUGGCAGAUCAACACCUGGA